AUGGAGCCAGCGAAUAAAUCACAACUCUCUCCAAGAACCUUCUGGCUGAUGGGCAUCCCAGGCCUAGAGCACCUCCAUGUCUGGAUUGGGAUUCCCUUCUGUUCCAUGUACGUGGUGGCCCUGAUGGGGAAUGUGACUAUCCUGGCCGUGGUGAGAGCUGAACACAGCCUCCAUGAGCCCAUGUUCCUCUUCCUGUGCAUGCUGUCUGUCACUGACCUGGUCCUCUCUACCUCUACAUUGCCACGCAUGCUCUGUCUCUUCUGGAUGGAAGCCCAUGAUAUCACCUUUGAUGCAUGCCUUCCUAUAAUGUUCUUCAUCCACAGUUUCACUGCCAUGGAAUCUGGCUUCUUCUUGGCCAUGGCCAUUGACCAAUAUGUGGCCAUCUGUGACCCAUUGCGUCAUACUACCAUCCUCACCAACCCUCGGGUUGCCAGUUUGGGCCUGGCCAUUUUGGUGCGAAGCAUUGGUCUCCACAUCCCUGCUCCCAUCAUGCUGAAGAAGUUACCUUACUGCCAGAAGCGGCAUCUUUCUCACUCUUACUGUCUGCACCCAGAUGUUAUGAAACUGGCCUGUACUGACACUCGCAUCAACAGUGCCUAUGGCCUCUUUGUGGUUCUCUCCACCCUGGGUGUGGACUCUGUGCUCAUCGUUCUAUCCUAUGGGCUGAUCCUCUACACAACGUGGUUCAUGGCAUGGAGUAAGCUCAUAUUGUUUAAGAAAAUGAAUCACAUGGAGACAGUUGACAUACCUGAGUAUCUUCUGACAAAUUCUCUGAAGCUUCCCACCUUCACUUAG